UUUCAGAAGCCUCAGGACUCUGUUCAGAAUGAAGACUUUGGUUGCUUUGGUUCUGUUGGGAUCGUUGGGUCUGGCUCGGUGCUGCAGCAUCCACCCUGGAGACACAAAUAUCGCCAGAAGCGGAGAAGCCUCGCAGAGUUCUGAUCUUUUGUUUGAGCCUAUUGGUUACGCUAAAAAGGCCAUUGAUGGUGUGACCGAUACCAACUGGUAUCACGGCUUCUGUAGCCACACGAAUGCGGAGCCGUCACCCUGGUGGAAGGUGGACCUGAAACAGAAAUACAAAGUGAAUGUCGUUGUGGUCAUCGGCCGGUCGGACUGCUGUAUGGAACGGAUGAAGGACGCCGAGGUCAGAAUUGGAAAUUCUCCAGACAAUAACAACCCAGUGUGCGGUAAGGUCACCCAAUUAUCUGAUCCUACGACAGCGUUGUGCUGUAACGGGAUGGAGGGUCAAUACGUCAGCGUGGUGAUCCCGGGGCUCAAUGAAUUCCUGCACUUGUGCGAGGUGGAGGUCUACGGGGACCCCGUGACUCAGACUGAGGAGAAGCAUGUCUGCUGGUAAACUUCAGAGGACCACGACAGAAGGAAUACUAAAGUUCAUCAUCAAAUUUCAUGUCCAAUUUGAAGAUACGUCUGUUCUCCUAUCUAGCUA